CAUAAAUAGAGCAAAAAAAUGUCAAAUUCAUCGAGAUCUAACUCGCUCUCUGAGUCUUCGAUCGAGACAAACGCAUCGAUUUCUUCAUCGGAAUUUGUGACGGCAAAUUCGAACGAAUCUAAUUCGGAAAUUUUGCCAUUUGUCGAUAAUAUUGAACCGCUUGCUUCGCCCGAUGAAAUUGCUGAGUACGAAGCUACAGUCGCAGAAGAACGGCGGGUUGAAGACAUGCUGCAAGAUCGUUUUGAUGCCCGUGUUGAUGUUACUUCAUGGUGUGAAUGUGGCCAUUGUUCGUUGGAUCUUGUUGUCAACCCCCAAGAGUGCCGAUGCUGCAUGGAAAUAGAGCAAUGCCGUGGUAAAAUGUAUCAGUUCGACAUCGAUGAAAGGAAACGCAUUUUGGAUCACCCUGGUUUUAACGAAGUUUGCCUGAACGAAUUUGUUCUUCAAGCAGCUUCGUUUGGUUUAAAGACCAAAGGUCAUCGCAUGAUACAGACACUUCAUUUUGUAUUUAGUUUUCCUCCAGAUCAGUAUCCAGAUUAUAAUCUGAGUCCUCUUCCCUGGAUUCAACUUGCCAUACAGUUCAAUCUUAACCUGAUUUGUUGA